AUGAACCAUGUGAUUGGCGGGAGCACACGAGGCGUAAAGGGGCGGACCCUACUGCGGGACAGAUUAUCUGGUCAAAAGUCAAAAACAGUUCGAAAAUCCGGGGAAUCGCUCCACAACUCGUCCCGCGAUCCACCACGCUGUCUCCGCAUUCCAUUCUCUCAGAUCAAGUGCUUCAGCAUUCCGAUCGCCCAGAUGCUUGCUUUCGGUGGGCGGGGGCGCCAGUUUCGCGUGCCGCUCGUCGCUGCCCAGCGCCUUUCGAACGCGGGUUGCGUGUCAACAUGCUUUGACAGAAAUCCCAACAAGUUUACUGUUCACAGUACAAAAUUCGGGCAGGCCACAUUACCAAUCAAUAAUACUUUAGUGAAAUCGUUUUCUACUACGUUUUCGAAUUACCAGACGCUACAAUCAUCCGACGUUGCACAACCUACCAAACCGUCCCAUGAGAAACGAACCGCAGAGGUCUAUCGAGUCCUUCGCAAUGGCGAUCCGAGGCAAAUAUUCUUGACGCUAGGCAAUCCUGUCAAUUCCAAUGUGGUCGAAUUGUUGCCCGACAGUGUUUUCGUCUCGGCUCUUCUCCGUCUCACGCCGGAGAAUCUCCUAGAGCCUUUCGUGGAUAUACUAGCGCCUAUACAUGGAGCUCUGCUGUCAACCAAAAAGAUCAAUCCGCCUGCAUACAUCCUGAACCAAUUUUUUCACACCCUGAACCAUAUCCUAACUGUACGGACUCGCGGUGGUAAAGAAUUGGGCCUCGUUGAAUAUAGGCAUCUCCUUCGAAUUCCAGCUUCGAUUGGCGGUCUCAAAACCGCGAUUGGACUUUGGAGAAAAAUGAAAAAAUCCGGGAUUGAGCCAGAUGUUCAAUGCUAUAACUUGUUUAUGCAAGCCUGCGUAUGGGAACGUGCGGUCUAUGGACCAGCGAGAAAUCGCGUACGCGUAACACCAUACUAUUACCGAAGACGACGCUUUGGUGUCGGAAUCAAAGGAUAUGGUACGGCUAGCAGAAGUGUGCGGAAAGAGGUGAAUUCCAUUUGUACGGAAAUGCGAAAGAUAGGAUUGGUUCUCAACGAAGACACAUACAUCAACCAGCUUCUGGCGAGCGCUAGGGUUGGAGGUCGCUUGGAUAUGGAUCGUAUUUUGAAAGACGUAUGGAUGAUUGAUGUGGAGGCCAUCAUGACGAAGCCCCCUGAUCAACUUCCUGCCGCCAGGCCACUUGUGGAAUCAUCGCCAAUAUAUCCGACUCAAAAGUUGCUCUUUGCAGUUGCGCACGCGUAUGGGUGCAAUAGUCGGCUGAAGGAGGCACUGCUUAUAACUGAUUAUAUUUCCCAACAAUAUGGAAUCGAAAUCACGGAUGAUAUAUGGGCCGAGCUGGUAGAACGGGGAUAUGUGCUUUCUCGAAGACGUGUCGGAAGAUAUGCUCAAGCUAAUCUUUGGGGGAAAAUGGAUUCCGAUCUCCUUUUUGAACUCAAAAAAAUGUUGCGACUUGACGGCCAGCCUUACGACAUGUUUAUCUAUAGCAUGCUUGCAAAUUCAACCUGCCGUCAUAGACAAUAUCACCGGUUUCAGGACGUGGUAAGGGAAGCGUAUCAAUUGCUGCGGAAAACACGAAGAGAGCGCAAUCACGCACUCAGAGUACUGGAAACCACACUGAAUAUACCCCUACAGGUCGAUGCGGUCUCCCACCCAAUCGAAGGAUCUGGCUUGGGGGAGAAUUGUAAAACACCACGUGUCUGGAGAGCUCUGCAAAAAUAUGAAAGACUUCGGUUGUUAGUCGAGCAACAACAGAUCUUCAUGGAGAAAGUUAUUGGGUCUGCAGUCAAGCUAAAGCGAUGGACAGAUCCAUGGGACUUUGAGUGGACUCAUCGGCUCUUUCCAAGGUUUCUUGCAGAGUGGAAAGACUUCCUUCCGGAAUCUUACAGUAUCAUCCUACCUACCGGUGCGGGUAAAAUAGAGUUCUAUGGAAGGACGAAUUUCUCUGAUGCGAAUCUCCGAACGCACAACAAUGAGCCCGUGCGUUGGUCGGACUGCGGAGAGUUCGUUGCGGAAGAAGAUGAGCAGAUUCAACCCAGGCAUGAGGCUCUAUGGGCACAUGUCAAAGAUCGCCUCGGGGAACUUGUUCAUCUUCAACCUCUCCAGUGGUUCUUUAGUAAUGGAUGGAGUCAAGACCCAGUCUAUUUUCAGCAAUUACGGGAACCGAGGGUAUCGGAGAUUGAAGGGGAUCCCAGCCUCGAUGACGUAGCGGAGGAGAGCGUACAAAAGCACUUGGCUGAACAACCAGAAGAGGUCGAGCGUGAACAUCCACAGCAUUGUUUCUAUGUCACUAUGAUACCUUUGUAUGACAUUGCCCUGUGA